AUGCGGGGAUACGUCUUUCAAAUUAUUUGCCUAACGUCAGCUGUUGCCCUCUAUGUGCCGAAGAAACCAGAAGAAGCUACGCCAAAACCUCCUAUCAACGACCCGCUCGGCCCCGCCGCCUCAAUACCUAACAAGCAAGAAUAUUUGGAAGCGCUUCAAACACCCACACCAGCUACUUUUCAAGCCCCACAACCCCCGCCGACCGAUCCGCCAGGAUACCCCAUAAACACCGACACAACACCGAUCUACGACCGAAUCGGCUAUGACCGGAAUUACAACGAAGAACCGGAAAUGCAACAAGCCAUUCUGGACCGGCAGCGCGCCCAGGAGGCAAAUUACCAACCCCGGGAAGUGGCUUCCAAACCAAAAGAUGCCACUACGACCCCGAAUAUUGUUGUUGAAAACGUUAGACAACAAAAUCACAUAGCUCCCACUGUGAUUCAACCCAUAAAGACGGCAAAAUCCACCCAGGCCCCGGCGCAACAUCGCCCAAUUGAGUUGAAAAUGGCGGAAAGUAGGGUGGUGGUAGAGGACAAACCUGCCGAGACGUCACAAGAAGAGGACGAGUUCGAGAUCGACGCCUUGGACAUGGAGGAGAUGCCGGAAGCGACGACGGGCCAGCCGAGCUCGCCGCCCACGACAUCGCAGCCUGAACAAAAGAUUGAAGAGGCGACCGUGAUAGAGCAAAAGAAGCCGCCCCAAAUCAACAUUGUCCCUGGCCAGGCAAAAACUACAACUACACCCGAACCGACGAAAGAAGUCUGGGAUGCCACGCCAGAAACAAGCCAAUUUUCGGCGGAAAUUUCACCCGAGCCGGUGAAAAUCGAGGUUUACAGCGACCAAGAGCGCGUUCAGGCGGCCGUUAUAGAACUGGGUUACUUGGUGCAGAUGUUGAGUCUCAUUCCGUGCAGCCCGACAACAAAAAGCGUUGAGGAAUCAAGUGCGAUUUCAGAAACACACCCCACACCAUCAAUCCCCACGACGCAAGCCCCCACGUGGGUGGACCAUUUCCAGGUCGGCGUACGUUGCGCGUUUCUCGAUUGCAGUCACGUCGUACCGGACCGGCCAACGCGUAAUCCGGCACUGAAGGAGCACGGGAGUCUGAUUCCGCGCAAACGGAAGAAGUCGUGCCGCUGUGUCGCAGCUUACGUGCAGUCAGACGGGAUUCAAAGC